CCUGCAAGAAACAGCAGCUGGGGCUAAGGAGGGGAGAACUAACAGCAGGCAGGCAGAAAGCCUAUUGAACAGUCACUCACAGGCACAGGUGAUACUCGCUAGAAUAUAAGCCUGACAGAACCUGGAAAAAAAUAGCACCAUGGCAGGGAAGCCUGUCAAGAAGAGCUCCAUUCCUGGUGUGACCAUCAGGCAGCUGGUGGAUGAGAUUCCGGAAGGAUGCAGCACUCCCGAUUUUGAGCGGAAGCCCAUCACAAUGGCUCUGCCAGAAGGGAAAAAUGCCAUCUUCCGGGCUAUGGUCUCUGGGGAGCCCAGACCUGAGGUGCAAUGGUAUCGUAGCAAGGGUGAUCUCAGUGACCCUAAUAAGUACAAAAUCUCCCAAUCAGGAGGCAGUGAACAUGUGCUUCAGAUCAACAAGUUGACAGGAGAUGACACAGACAUUUACCGAUGCAUGGCUGUGAAUGCAUAUGGAGAAGCUAUGUGCUCAGCAGGACUGACAGUCAUUGAAGUUGGUUUUCGAAAGAAUCGGAAGAGACACAAUGAACCCCAAGAAGACCAUAGGAAGGAGCUUAUGGACUUUCGGAAGAUCCUGAGGAAGAGGGCACCUCCUCCUCCACCAGAGAAGAAGAUGGACCCAGAACAAGUGUGGCAAUUGCUGAUGAAUUCUGAUCGGAAAGACUAUGAGCGGAUCUGCAUGAAAUAUGGGAUUGUAGACUUCAGGGGGAUGCUUAGGAAGCUUCAGCAGAUGAAAAAGGAACAUAAAGACAAGAUGUCUCAGUAUGUCAAUACCAUCUCCAAUCUGAGACACAUCAAGGUCACCAAGGAUGGAGUUGCGACAUUUGACCUGGAACUUGAUCUCAAAAAUUUUGAAAGCAAAAUUUACUUGUACAAGGAUGGUGAGAUGAUUCCCUAUGCCUAUGGAAAUGAGAGCAAGCACUGCUUGAGGCGUUUGGGAAAGCGCUACCAUUUCCACAUUCAGGACCUUCGACCGGAGGAUGCUGGCAUUUACCAGGUCAAAGUGGAGGAUGUGGAGGUGUUUUCUACUGAACUGGAGGCAGAUGCCAUCCCUGCCAGGGUUGUGAAUCCCUUGGCUGAAACUCGAUGUGAGGUUCAGGAAGAUGCUGUAUUUGAAUGCACCCUCUCCAAUCCCUGUCCACAUGCCUUCUGGCAGUUUCAACACCGACCCCUCCGGCCCAGUGACAAAUAUGAGGUGUCUGUGUCUCCUGAUGGCCUGACCCACCGGCUGGUGGUGAGAGGGGCCCGGCAUUCAGACAUGGGCCUUUACUCUCUUGGCACUGGCCUCCAUUCUUCUAGCGCUUGGUUGGUGGUAGAAGGUGAGAAGGACAAAGGUUUCCUGCCUUCAAGAGAGGGAAAAACAGAUGAUGGUGGCAACAAUGGAAGAAAUAGACUUCAAGAUGAAGAAUCCCAGUUUUCGGACAUGCGCGAUUCAGGGAAAUUCAGAAAGGAAAUGAAACCAGGAGAUUGGAGUUACCUGGGGGGAUCUGUCAAGGAUGAUGGUCAUAUCACAGGUGGUCCCAGAGGACAUAAUGAUUUCCCCAUGGACAAAGAAGGAAAUUCUGACUUAGCCUGGGACCUGGAUAAAGGGAUAGAGAGUCAGAAGGGAUUUUAUAAAGCAAAGGGAAGUAGAGACAACUCCAUUGAAGGAAACCAGCUUCCUAGAGUGGGUGGGCAGGGGGAAAACUUCCCAGGGAGACAUGGGCUACAGGGAGAUGUUUGGGAAAGUGGAAUGGACUUCAUGAUAGGACAACAGCAAGGCAGUGGUCAAGGGGAGGCAGGAGAGAUUUGGGAGGCAGGUUCUGAAAGCUUUCAGGGCAGAGGAUGGGGAAAUAACUUGGAAGGAAAGGAGGAUAGGGGGAAUAGUGGAGGGCAGCUGGGAAAUUAUAGCCAGGGAAAGAGAGGGAAUGCCCAGUGGGGGCCUGGGACAGGAGAGAGUAGCUUGUCUACUUCUCAGACCAGUCCAGCAGGGUCUUGGGAAAAAGGAAGGAAGCUGGGAAUGAGUUCAGAGGCUGAUGAUAAUUUGAAGUUGGGAGAUAGAAAUGACUCUGACUCUAAAAUGGGACAGUAUAGGUCUCUUUGCGUUGGAGGAGAGAAACAUGACCAGGGGAUUGGCCAAAGUGAUGAGAGUGGUAGGGCUGGAGGUCCUGAGACAUGGGGUUCUCUAGGUUGGGAUAAAGGCAAUGGAGACAAACUAAGAGACUUCCAGGCUCAGAGCUUAUCUCCUGGAAAGAAUUCAUUCUUAGGACAAAAGGGUUUGGGGGAGGAAGCUGAUGUGUCACUAGAAAAAGCAGGCAAUGAGUCUUGCUCAGGGGAGAGAGAGUCUCUUGGGAAGGAAUCUAUGGUUAGAACAGGAUUUAAAGGUGGUCUUUGGGCUUCAGGAUCUGAUGGAGAGAAGGGAACUGGAGAUAGUGCAAGUGGCUUGCAGGAACUUAAAGGAAGAGGUUUGGGUUCUAGAGAUAAUCAGUACACAACAAAGUCUUUGGUUGGGAGGCCAUUGGGAGAAAGUUCCAAAGAUCUAGGUUAUCUCCAAGACUGGCCAGCAAGCCAAAGAGGAGAGGGGUAUGGAGAUGAUGGAGUAGAGUCUAAAGGCAUGAUGAGCUCCAGGGAUGACAAAAAUUUCAAUCUCAGAAAAAUUGGAUCUAAAGAUGGCCUAGAGCCCUUGAGAAUAAUAGGAUCUGGGCAAGGGGGAGAGGAAGGGAUUGGUGCCAAGGCAGGUGAAUUGAUGAGGUCCAGGAGUGGGACUGAUUAUGGAGAUGGGCCCAGAGACCACAGGAUAAAAGGUAGGGAUGGCUUAGGAGACCUGGGAAGUGAGAGAGAUAAUAGGGAUGGUUUAAAGGGUUCAGAGAGAAUGAGGUCUAACUAUGGAGCCAGUUUAAAAGAUGACUCAGGGGAUAGAAGAAGGAAGGGGCCUGGCACUGAAGGUGGUUAUACAGGUGGCUUAGAGAGUCCCGGGGGAAUGGAAUCAGGGAAUAUGGAAAAUAAUAGAUAUUAUUUAGGGAGUCUUAGGAGAAUGGGGCCAAGGGAUGAAGGGAUUUCCAGUGGGGAUUUAGAAGGUUAUGGGAAUGAUUGGGGGGAUUCUGGAGGAAGAGGAUCAGAGAAGAAGGGAGGUUAUAGCUUUGGUUUAGCAGAUUCUGGGGGAGUGGGAUUAGUGGAUGAGUAUAAUUAUAAGAGUGGUUUAGAAGGUCCUGGGGGUUUGGAGUCUUGGAGUGAGGGAGGUUAUAGAGGUGACUCAGGAGGUCUGAUGGGAUCAGGGAAUGAGAGAGGCUAUAGCAGUGGGUCAGGGGAUCCUGGGAGAAUGGGAUUAGGGGGUAAAGGAGGCUAUGGAAGUAGCUCAAGGGGUCCUGGGGGAAAGGGAAAUUUAAAAGUGGGCCCUGGGGGCCAUGGUGAAAUGUGGUUAAGAGGUAAGGAAGGUUAUAGAGGUAGUUUAGGUUCAGGAAUGGGGUCAGAGGGUGAGGUAGAUUAUGGGAAUUGCUUAACGGGUCCUAGGGGAAUAGGGUCAGGGGGUAAGGGAGGCUAUGAGAGUAGCUUAAGGAGUCCUAAAGGAAUUGGGAUAGGAAUUGAGAGAGGACAUAAGGAUAGCUUAGAGGAUCCCAGGAAAAUGGAGUCUGAGAGUGAUAGAAUUUAUGAAAGUUGUUUAGGAAAUUCUGAAAGAAUAAAGUCAGAGAUUGAAGGAGAUUAUGGAGAUGGUUCAAAAUAUCCUGGAGGGACAGGGACAGGAAGCAAGGGAGACUAUGGGGAUAGCUUAAAGGGAUAUGGGGGAAUAGGAUCAGGAGUUGAAGAUGGAUAUGAGGAUGGCUUGGGGAGUUCUAUGAGAAUGGGGACAAAGAGUAAGGGAGGUUAUGGAAGUGGCAUAGGGAAUUCAGGAAGAAUAAAUUCAGAGGUUGAGGGGAAUUAUGGAGGUGGUUCAGAGCAUCCUAGCAGAAUAGGAACAGGGGGGAAGAGAGGCUAUGGAGAUAGUUUUAGGGGUCCCGGGGGAAUAGGAUCAGGACUUGAAGAUAGAUAUGAGGAUAGCUUGAGGAAUCUUGGGAGAAUUGGGGCAGAAGGUAAGGGAAGUUAUGGAAGUGGCUUAAGAGAUUCUGGGGAAAUAUGGUCAGAUGUUGAGAGAAGUGAUGAAGGUAUUUCAGGGUGUCCUGAGGGAAUGAUGUCAGAGGGUAAGGGAGGUUAUUUGGGUGAUUUAGAGGAUCCUAGAGGAAUGGGAUCUGGUUUUGGGGGAGGAUAUAAAAAUGGCGUAAGAGUUUCUCAGGGAAUGAUGUUUGGAAAAGGUGAUAGUUUCAGGAAUAAUUCAAGGGGCUCAGAUAUAACAGGACCAGAGGAUGAAAUAGGAUAUGGAGAUAGAUCCCAAAAUCAAGGGGCAGUGGGAUUCUGGGGAAAGGGUGGUUUGAGGGAUGAGAGAGGAAGUCCAGGGACUAUAGGUUCUAUUGGUAGAUUUGGUCCUGGAGUUCUUGGGACAGUUGGGUCUAAAGAGGAAGGAUGUGUUGGAAAUAGAUCAGGAGGCACAGAAGGAAUGAAGUCUUGGGGUGGGGAUGAUUAUGGUGAAGGAUUUGGAGACUCCCAGGCUUUGAAAACUGGGGAGAAAGCAGUUUAUGGGCAUAGGUCUGAGAAUCCAGAAUCAAUGGAGCUUGUUUCAGGAUCAGGGUCUAGGGAAGAUUCAAUAGGACAAAAGCCACAAAGACCUGGGGGCAGUGUGAACUGUGGAGAUGGGUUUAGAGGCCCUCAUGCUAUGGAUCCUGAAGUGGGAACUAGUUAUUGGGAUGAUUCCAGGAGCUCCAAAGUCAUGUCAUCUGAAGAUGGCAUGGGUCCUGAAAGCCUAGGACUUUGUGGGUCAGGACAGGGCUCAAGAGAUAGGACAGGAAUUUUAGCACUUCCUGAGACUAGAGGCAAAGAAAGGUAUGAUGAUAAGUCAAGAGGUCAAGAGGCUCAGGGAUCAAAGUAUAAAGGAGGUUAUAGAGAAGGUUUAGAAGGUCCUGGGAAAAUGGGGUUGGAAGAUGAAGCAGAUAAUAGAAGUGGUUUAAGGAGUCCUGGAGGAAAGGAGUCAAGUGGUGAAACAGGUGAUAAGGGUAUUUUAGGGAGUUCUUGGGUAAUGGGAACAAGAGCUCAAGGUUAUAUAGAUGAUAUAGGUGAUCAUGAAAGAAUGGGAUUAUCAGCAAAGGGAAGUCAUAGAAGUGAUUUAAAUGAUUCAAGGAGUAUGGGGUCUGGUACUGAGGGGAAUUAUGGUGGUGGCCCAGGGAGUUCUGGACCAUUGGAGUCAUUAGAUAGCCUAGAAUAUGGGGACAAGUCCCAAGGACAAGGGGAAAUAGAGCUUUGGCAGGGCAGGGGUCCAGGGCAGUCUGGGGUUGGAGCAGGUUAUAUGGAUGAUUCAAUAGGAGGCAAAGUAAUGGAAUCCAUGAAUGGAGCAGGUUAUGGUUACUGGAGUGGCUCUGGGAUUCCUGGAAGAAUAGGGUCUGGAGUAGAGGCAGUAUCUAGGUCUGGGGUCUCUGGGUUGAUGGAAUCUUGGGAUGGGAGGAACUUCCUUCCUGGUCAACCAGGUUCCAGAGAUGGCUCUGGAGGCCCAGGGGAAUUAGGAGACCUAUGCUAUGCAGGAGGGAGAAUGGGAACUGGAAGAGGGCAGGAUAAGCAGGGUCUCCAGGGGUAUCCAGGUAACAGAGAAUUCCUUGACAAGGAGGGACUACCUGUGAAUAGAGCUGCUGCUCUAGCUACUGAGCUUGGGAAAAAUACCACUACUAAAGGAAGCUUGAGAGGAGAGCAUGGGGACAGAGCUGAUGGCCAAGGAGGAUUGGAAUAUCAGGGAAAUGGGACUUCACUGGGUGGCCCAGGGACAGGGAAAGGAUCAGGGAACUCAAAUAUUUCAGUCUGGGGUCAGGAUACAUACUCCAGGCAGGGAGAAGAGAACAUUUAUACUAGGACAGGAAGCCAAGGGAUAGGAGAUACUCAGACAGGUGGCAAGAAAAGCCUAGGGCCAGGCCAUGGUGGAAUAAGUGCCAAGAACAGUCACCAUGACUCAGAGGCACAGGGUACCCCCGAAGCAAAAAAUACCACCAUUAAUGGGAUCCAGGGUGUUCUGAAUGGAGCAGGGGGUUAUGAUUCCUGUGAUGGUAGGAAGUUUGUGCCAGGCCAAGCAGGGGUUGGCGGACAGGAUGAAGCAGGAUCCUGGAUGGCAGAAGGGAAACCUCUGGAGUGUCAAAGGACUCAGGUGUGCUGGGGAAUGAAUUCUAGUCAAUGGAGAGAUCACUUUGCUAAUGGAGUGCAGCAGUCAGGAAUGGAUGGAAUUCUGAAAGGGCAAGAUGGAAGGAAAAACUAUGGGGAUGAGUCAGGGGGGAGCAGGAAGCCAGGGUCCAUGUUAGGCAUAGGAGUAGGAUUGGAUGGCAAAGGUCCAUCAGGAGCCAGGGAAGAUCUGGAGUGUCUGGAUGGCAAAAAUAUUAGGUCAGAAGAUCUGGGAUCCCCAGAGAGUUAUGGAAGGAGAAAGGGAAGAGAGACCUCCCCCUCUACCUGGGGAAGGAAGACUAGGAAGGAAGACAAGGUUGUUGAUGGAUCAGAGGAGCAGGGAUGGAAUAGGUCAGAGACUGGAUCAGAAGCUAGGAGAGGAAUUUCAGACAGAUUGAAGUCUGGGGAAGGAAGGGUUUGGGGAUCAAGAUAUGGAACCGAGAGCACAAGGCUGCCAGGAGAACCUCAGAGAGGAGACUGGAACAGGGAUCCCAUGGGCCAUGAGGGCAACAGGAAAGAUGGUAUGGACAGAAUUUCAACUUCCCAAAGGUCAAGAUACAGAAACAAGCAAGGCAUAGGCAAUUUCUUUGAGGAAGCCCAAGGACCAUCAGGUCACUUUUCCCAAGGCCUAGCUGACACGGAAGCCCAGAAAGGGGAAGAAGCUGUGCUCUCUUGUACCCUGACCGGAGACCUGGUAACUGGUGCCUGGUUCAAGGAUGGAGCGAAGCUCACUGCCCAAGAUGGGGUCAUCUUUGAGCAAGACGGCCCCAAUUACAGACUCCGAAUACCCCAAGUGCAGGAGGCCCAGGCUGGAAAAUACAUGUUUGUAGCCGGGGAUCACAUGAGUGAGGCUACUCUGAGCAUCCGAGAACCCCCAACCAUCGCCCAGGAUAUGCUGGAGAAAUUGAAGGAACCAUUGGUGGUCAAGGCAGGGAAGACUGUCAGCGUGAAAAUCCCAUUUUCAGGAGAAACCCCUGUUCAAGUUGCCUGGAGGAAGAAUGGGACAGAAAUGGAGGGAGGCAACAAGGGAGCCCAGCUGGAGCAGGGGGACAACUUCACCCGCCUGUGCCUCCCCAGUGCCAGUCGCAAGGACAGUGGGCAGUACAGUGUGAAACUGAAGAAUGCAGGGGGCUCAGUGGAGGCUCAACUCACCCUGGAGGUCAUAGACAAGCCUCAGCACCCACAAGGCCCUCUGAAGGUCCAGUACUGUCGGGGGGCGGGCAUCAACCUGAGCUGGCAGCCUCCGAGGGAUGAUGGAGGCCGAACUGUGCUGACCUAUGUGGUAGAAAGGCAGCAGACUGGUAGGACCACCUGGCUGAAGCUUGGUGAAACCCCUGGAAAUGUCACCACCUUCUCUGAUACCCGAGUGGAACAAGGAAAGAAGUAUACCUUCCGAGUACGGGCCGUGACCUCAGAGGGUUCCGGAGAAGCUCUAGUGUCAGAGGAGCUGCUGGUGGCCUCUGAAGCUCGUCCUAGACCCCCUUCAGCUCCAACCAUUACAUCUGCUACCAGCCAGGGUAUCACCCUGGCCUGGACAGCACCCCAGGGCCCAGGUGGUGCUCACCAACUUGGCUACUUGAUUGAGAAGAGGAAGAAAGGAAGCAAAACAUGGACAGUUAUCAAUGAUCGGCCUGUUUCUGAGAGGAAAUGGACGGUAACGGAUGUGCUUCAGGGCUGUCAAUAUGAGUUCCGAGUGACUGCUGUGGGGGCAUCUGGUCCUGGUGAGCCUGGACCUCCAUCAGAUGCGGUUUUUGCUCGAGACCCUAUGAAACCCCCUGGCCCUGUUCGGGAUCUCCAAGUAACUGAUACAUCCCACACCAGCAUCAAACUGAACUGGGCCAAACCAGACCCCCAGGCUGGGGAUGAAGUCCAGGGCUACGUAGUAGAACUGAGGAGCUCAGAGAGUCUCCAGUGGAGUCGCUGCCACAUGGGCACUGUGAUUGGCACGACUUACACUAUCAAGGGACUACGACCACAAGAGAACUACUUCCUGAGGGUAAUAGCUGUCAAUGAUGGGGGUCAGGGUCAGCCCACUUCUUUGGACACCUGCAUCCAGGCCAUGCCUGCAUAUGUUUGUCCCAAGUUCCUCAUGGAUACCACCACCACAGACUGUGUGACUGUCAAGUCUGGGGAUACCAUCCGAGUUCCUGUUUUCUUUGAGGCUUCUCCCAUGCCAGAGGUGAUUUGGCUGAAAGAUGGGCUGCCUCUGUCCAAGAGGACAGUCACCACCAUCAAAGAUGGCCUCACACAACUUCUAAUUCCUGUGGCCAGCCUCUCAGAUGGUGGCCUCUACACCGUGAGGCUGAGGAACCUACAGGGGAAAGAGGUGACCUACAGUUUUCUCAUUCGAGUGUCAGUAUCUCCCGCUGCCCCAGGACCCAUCCGGCUGGAGGAGAAUGUCCCUGGGACAGUGACAGCAGUGUGGGAGCCAUCUCCAGAUGACGGCCAGGGUGGCUCACUCUAUUACACUGUGCUAACCCGAUCCUCAGCCCACAUCACCUGGCGGGAGGCCGGGGAUCGCAUCUACACCAACCGUUUCACUCUUGCUGGCAUCCUCCCUGGCCAUCAGUAUUACUUCCGUGUUGUGGCUAAGAACGAGGUGGGAGUCAGUGAGCCUUCUGACACCCUGGACCCCUGGAGUGUUCCCCGGCAACAAGAUAAGUCCACAGUGAAGAUGCCCAAUUUCAGAGAGCCAAAUCUGAACCAGAAGCCAUAUUUCCUGGUCAAUCUACGGACUCACCUGCUGCCUCAAGGCUGUGAAUGUUGCAUGAGUUGUGCUGUGAAGGGAGAGCCUAGACCUAGAGUCACCUGGUUCAAGGAUGAUGAGAGUCUAGAAGGCAAUCCUAAUGUAUAUAGUACAGAUGUCCUGGGUGUCUGCUCCUUGGUCAUCCCCAGUGUCACCCCCAAAGACAGUGGCAACUACAAGGCUGUGGCUGAGAACAGACUGGGCCAGGCAGUCAGCAGAGCUAGCCUUAUUGUUACAGAAUCCUUCUUCUAGCCUGACUGACACUCCAGUGGCUCUGUCCAUUCUUAUAAUGCAAAAAAGGGAGAUUUUUCGAAGGACUUAUUGCUCCUCCUCAUCCUGCAUGUUGCUGGCUGCCAGAAGACCCCCGGAAGCCCAUAAAAGGCUGCAUUGAGAUACAUAGGCAGAGCAACGGGGAGUUUCCUGGACAAUUCUCAAUGUAGCAGGCCAAUUAGAAGGGGGACAUAGAAAUUGUAUAGAUGAACACUUGUGGCCACAACCCUCUUCACCAAGGUGACUUGCCACUAGACAAGCCACUUGCCAUCUUGUCAUGAGAGCAGACUCCCCCUACCAUGUUGCUUCAGUAUUCAUUUUUCAUCCUUUGGUGAAUGCUUUGUUUUACCAACUGACUUACUCAGGAACAGCGAGAGUUGUGGUUGGUACAAAAGGAAGGCUAGAACCAAUGGACAGGGAGGAUUUUUGUGUGGCUUGUCAUUAAAUUACUAGUAUGCAAAUUUCUCUAAAGUGGAUGCAAAUCAA